AUGCUAACCAAAUACCUCACCGCCGUGCGAACGACCUUCUCCCCCUUCAACGCCCGCAGCGGCAAGACCGCCCGCAACUUCCUCGCCCUCCUCCCGCCCAACGCCCGCACCACCAUGGCCAUAGAAAUCAAAAUGCUGCCCCGCGCCGCCAUGCUGCGGGAACCUUCCGUUUUGGAGCUGAAAUUCAGUAAGACACCCCCUCCUCCUCCUACUCCUAAUAAAUAGUUUGUGGUGGGAUGCUGAUCGUUUCGGCAAACGCAGAGGACGGCAAAGAAAUGAAACUGGAUUUGGAAAAGGUCAAGAUCAAAGAGAUUCAGGAGGAAGUGAAUCGGCAUUCCCGGGGUCUGAGGCGGGUGGAGGAGUUGAGUGGGAAUUAA